AUGUCAGGCCUGGUUCUCCUGGGCGUCUCCGCUCUGCUGGGCCUUGGGACAGGGGCCCCACUGUGCCUGUCCCGACAGCUCAGGGUGCAGGGGGACUACAUACUGGGGGGGCUCUUCCCCCUGGGCUCGGUCGAGGACACAGGUCUUGGCAACAGGACACAACCCAACACCACCGUGUGUACCAGGUUCUCGUCACUCGGCCUGCUCUGGGCACUGGCUAUGAAGAUGGCUGUGGAGGAGAUCAACAGAGGGUCCACCCUGCUGCCCGGGCUGCGCCUGGGCUAUGACAUCUUCGACACAUGCUCAGAACCCAUGGUCGCCAUGAAGCCCAGCCUCGUGUUCAUGACCAAGGCCGGCAGCCGCGACAUUGCUGCCCACUGUGACUACACGCAGUACCAGCCCCGCGUGCUGGCCGUCAUCGGGCCCCACUCCUCUGAGCUCGCCCUCGUCACUGGCAAGCUCUUCAGUUUCUUCCUUAUGCCCCAGGUCAGCUAUGGUGCCACCACUGAUCGGCUGAGCGACCGGGAGGCCUUCCCAUCCUUCUUCCGCACGGUGCCCAGCGACCGAGUGCAGGUGGCAGCGGUGGUGGAGCUGCUGCACACGCUCGGGUGGAACUGGGUGGCCGCCGUGGGCAGUGACGACGAGUACGGCCAGCAGGGCCUGGGCCUCUUCUCCAGCCUGGCCAACGCAAGGGGCAUCUGCAUCGCACACGAGGGCCUGGUGCCACUGCCUGGCGCCCAUGGCCUGCGGCCGGGCACCAUGCAGGGGCUGCUGCACCAGCUGAACCAGAGCAGCGUGCAGGUGGUGGUGCUCUUUUCUUCCCCCCGGGCCGCCCACGCCCUCUUCAGCUACAGCAUCCGCAGCAGGCUCUUGCCCAAGGUGUGGGUGGCCAGCGAGGCCUGGCUGACCUCGGAACUGGUCAUGACGCUGCCCGGCAUGGCCCAGGUGGGCACCGUGCUGGGCUUCCUGCAGAGGGGUGCCCCCAUGCCCGACUUCCCCUCCUAUGUGCAGACCUGCCUGGCCUUAGCUGCCGACCCCGCCUUCUGUGCCUCCCUGGAGGCCGAGCAGCCAGGCCUGGAGGAGCAUGUGGUGGGGCCGCGCUGUCCCCAGUGCGACCACAUCUCGCUGGAGAACGUGUCCACCGGCCUGCUGCACCACCAGACCUUCUCGGCCUACGCAGCGGUGUACGGCGUGGCCCAGGCCUUGCACAACACGCUGCUCUGCAAUGCCUCGGGCUGCCCCACACAAGCGCCCGUGCAGCCCUGGCAGCUCCUAGAGAACAUGUACAAUAUGAGCUUCCGGGUGCCCGGCCUGCCGCUGCAGUUUGACGCCAGAGGGAAUGUGGACAUGGACUAUGACCUGAAGCUGUGGGUGUGGCAGGACCCGACGCCCGAGCUGCGCACUGUGGGCAGCUUCACUGGCCGCCUGCAACUGCAGCUGGCCCAGAUGUGCUGGCACACACCGAGAAACACGAAGCCGGUGUCACAGUGCUCAAGGCAGUGCACGGAGGGCCAGGUGCGCCAUGUGAAGGGCUUCCACUCCUGCUGCUACGACUGUGUGGACUGCACGUCAGGCAGCUACCAGCGCAACCCAGACGACCUCUUCUGCACCCCGUGUGACCAGGACCAGUGGUCCCCAGACAGGAGCCUGCGCUGCUUCCCCCGCAGGCCCAAGUUCCUAGAGUGGGGGGAGCCGGUCGUGCUGCUGCUGCUGGUGCUGCUGGGCCUGGCACUGGGCUUGGUGCUGGUGGCCCUGGGGCUUUUCAUCCGGCACCAAGACAGCCCCCUGGUUCAGUCCUCCGGCGGGCCGCAGGCCUGCUUUGGCCUGGCCUGCCUGGGCCUCGUCUGCCUCAGUGUCCUCCUGUUCCCUGGCCAGCCCAGCCCUGCCGCCUGCCUGGCCCAGCAGCCGCUGCUGCACCUCCCGCUCACCGGCUGCCUGAGCACCCUCUUCCUGCAGGCAGCCGGGACCUUCGUGGAGCUGGAGCUGCCGCCGCACUGGGCGGCCCGGCUGCGCAGCCAUCUGCGGGGGCCCCGGGCUUGGCUGGGGGUGCUGCUGGCCAUGCUGGCGGAGGCGGCACUGUGCACCUGGCACCUGGCGGCCUUCCCGCCGCAGGUGGUGACGGACUGGCGGGUGCUGCCCACGGAGGCCCUGGUGCACUGCCACGUGCAGUCCUGGGUCAGCUUUGGCCUGGUGCACGCGCCCAACAUGCUCCUGGCCUCCCUGUGUUUCCUGGGCACCUUCCUGACGCGCAGCCAGCCUGGCCGCCACGACGGUGCCCGUGGCCUCACCUUCGCCAUGCUGGCCUACUUCAUCACCUGGAUCUCCUUCGUGCCCCUCUUUGCCAAUGUGCACGUGGCCUACCAGCCUGCCGUGCAGAUGGGCGCCAGCCUCCUCUGCGCCCUGGGCAUCCUGGCCACCUUCUACCUGCCCAAGUGCUACCUGUUUUUGUGGCAGCCAGAAAGCAACACUCCUGAGUCCUUCCUGGGAGGGGGUCCUGGUGAUGCCAGAGGGCAGGGCGGCAGCGGGGGUGGAGAGGAAACUCAGCAAAAAACAGGGACCCAUAGCUCAGUGACUUCGCCCCAGUGA